UCUGUCGUCAGAGCGAGUCAAAAAAGAGGUGACAGCAAGCGAAAUUUUGCUGUUCUCGACGGACUUCUGUGCGUUAUUUUUCUUCGGAUCGUUUCUGAUAUGGCUAAACAUACAUCUGAUGACAUAUCUAUGAAGUUUUGGCUUCGGGCGGAAUCGAAACCGCAUGAACAACGCACUCCACUAACACCAGUCACUUGCAAAAAGCUACUAUCAGCCGGUCACCAGGUUUUUGUGGAAAAGUCAAAAGACCGAGUUUACAAAGAAGUUGAUUAUGAAAGGGUUGGUUGUAAAAUUGUUGAAGAGGGAAGUUGGUCCGAUGCUCCUACAGAUGCUUACAUUGUGGGAAUCAAGGAAUUGCCAAAUGAGGAUCGUCCUCUGAAACAUCCUCACAUUUACUUUGGCCAUGCCUUUAAAGGACAGGAUGGCUGGUGUGAAUUGCUUCAGAGGUUCCAUCAAGGUGGUGGAGAACUACUUGAUGUUGAGUUUAUUGUCAAUGACAGUGGAAAGCGAGAAGUUGCUGAGUUUGGACCAAUGGCAGGAAUUGCUGGAGCUGCUCUUUCUAUAGCAGUUUGGUGUCAUCAGCAGCUUAAGCCAAAUGAGAUGUUCCCGAGUGUUACUCCAUACAUGUCUGAAGAUGACAUGGUGAACCACAUGAAGAGCCAAUUACAGCUGAUUGCAAAUGAGAGAGAUAGGUUCUCGACAAGUCCUCUUCACUUUUUCAACAAAGCCAGGCAUGACUUGCAAAUGUGCUUGCAAGGACUUUGUCGAGUGAAUUUGAGACUCGAUAGUUCUUGA